GAGGUCAAAGGUUACGAACAAAAUGGCUGCCAUCGGCUUGUGGACGGUCAGUGCUGGCUGAGCCGUCCGAAGAGACUGUGUCUUCUAAAAUGCACAAUAGAAACACGGAGGAUGACAAUACCUACAGUCCUUUCUCGGAGGGAUUAUACUGUAAUCUGAUAGUUUUAAAAAGCUUGGCGGCGUCUUGCAGUGCAAGUUAGCCAGGCAGCUAUAACAUCCCGUUGUUUUAUUCUGCCAGAAAAGCAUUCGGUUUUUGCUCUCAGGACUCAUUUCCGUCUGAGAUCUGCUGGACUGGCUCCGGAAAUGAACCGCAAGAAGGACAAGGGCUUCGAGAGUCCGCGACCUUAUAAAUUAACCCACCAGGUGGUGUGCAUAAACAACAUCAACUUCCAGAGGAAGUCAGUCAUUGGCUAUGUGGAGUUGACCAUCUUCCCCAGCGUGGUGAACCUGAACCGCAUCAAGCUGAACAGCAAGCAGUGCCGCAUCUACAGGGUGCGCGUGAACGAGCUGGAAGCGCCGUUCCUUUACAACGACCCCACGCUGGAGGUCUGCCACCACGAGUCCAAGCAGCGGAAUCUGAACUAUUUCUCCAGUGCCUAUGCUGCAGCAGUGAGCGCUGUGGAUCCUGAUGCUGGAAAUGGAGAGCUCUCUAUUAAAGUGCCCGCUGAGCUGUGGAAGCAGGGAGACGAGAUGAAGGUGCUGAAGGUGUACAUCGAGUUCUCGCUGGACCAGCCGAAGGGCGGGCUGCACUUCGUUGUGCCUGACACGGAGGGCAGCAUGGCCGAGAGGGGAGCUCACGUCUUCUCCUGCGGAUACCAGAAUUCCACACGGUUCUGGUUCCCCUGCGUGGACUCGUACUCGGAGCUGUGCACGUGGAAGCUGGAGUUCACCGUGGACGCCUCCAUGGUGGCCGUGUCGUGUGGUGACCUCAUGGAGACUGUCUACACUCACGACAUGCGCAAGAAGACUUUUCAUUACGUGCUGCCCAUCCCGACCGCCGCGCCCAACAUCUCGCUGGCAGUGGGGCCGUUCGAGAUCCUCGUGGACCCCUACAUGCAUGAGGUGACUCAUUUCUGCCUGCCUCAGCUGCUGCCGCUGCUUAAACACACCAUGUCCUACCUACACGAGGUGUUCGAGUUCUAUGAGGAAAUCCUGACCUGCCGUUACCCGUACUCCUGCUUCAAGACCGUGUUUGUGGACGAGGCCUACACGCAGGUCUCCUCCUAUGCCUCCAUGAGCAUUUUCAGUACAAACCUGCUGCACAGCGGAAUGAUUAUAGACCAGACGCCAGUAACGCGCCGCUGUCUGGCACAGGGCCUGGCGCAACAGUUCUUCGGCUGCUUCAUCUCACGCAUGUCAUGGUCUGAUGAAUGGGUGUUGAAGGGCAUCUCGGGCUACAUCUACGGCCUGUACCUGAAGAAGACGUUCGGCGUCAACGAGUAUCGCCACUGGAUCAGGGAGGAACUGGACAGGAUUGUGGAAUAUGAGCUGAAAACAGGAGGCGUCCUGCUGCACCCCACGUUCGCCGUAGGAAAAGAAAAAGACGGCCCUACUCCGCACUUGCAUUUCUCCAUCAAACACCCGCACACGCUGUCCUGGGAGUACUACAGAAUGUUCCAGUGCAAGGCACACCUGGUCAUGAGGCUGAUCGAGAACCGGAUCAGUAUGGAGUUCAUGCUGCAGGUGUUCAACAAGUUGUUAAGCCUGGCCAGCACGGCGUCGUCGCAGAAGUACCAGUCGCACAUGUGGAGCCAGAUGCUUCUGUCCACGUCUUGGUUUCUCAAGUCCAUUUCCAACGUGUCCGGGAAGGACAUUGGGCCCUUGAUCAAGCAGUGGGUAGACCAGAGUGGGGUGGUUAAGUUCUUUGGGAGCUUUGCCUUCAACAGGAAAAGGAACGUGCUGGAGCUGGAGAUCCGUCAGGAUUACAUGUCCUCCGGCACUCAGAAAUACGUGGGCCCCAUCAAAGUGACUGUCCAGGAGCUGGACGGAUCCUUCAACCACACGCUGCAGAUUGAAGAGAACAGCCUCAAGCAUGACAUCCCCUGUCAUUCCAAAAGCAGGAGGAACAAGAAGAAGAAAAUCCCUCUGAUGAAUGGAGAAGAGGUGGACAUGGACCUGUCUGCGAUGGAUGCGGACUCGCCGCUGCUGUGGAUCCGGAUCGACCCCGACAUGGCAGUGCUAAGGAAGGUGGAGCUGGCGCAGGCCGACUUCAUGUGGCAGUACCAGCUGCGCUACGAGCGAGACGUGGUGGCACAGGAGGAGGCGAUUGUGGCGCUGGAGAAAUUCCCCACGGCCGCCUCUCGCCUCGCCCUCACCGACAUCCUCGAGCACGAGCAGUGCUUCUACAAAGUGCGCAUGCAGGCAUGCUUCUGCCUGGCCAAGAUUGCCAACUCCAUGGUGAGCACCUGGCAAGGCCCUCCAGCCAUGAAGUCCCUCUUCACGCGCAUGUUCUGCUGCAAGAGCUGCCCCAACAUUGUCAAGACCAACAACUUCAUUAACUUCCAGAGCUACUUCCUGCAGAAGACCAUGCCGGUGGCUAUGGCUUUGCUCAGGGACGUGCAGAAUCUCUGUCCCAAGGAGGUGCUCAACUUCAUUCUGGACCUCAUCAAGUACAACGAUAACGGGAAGAAUAAGUUUUCAGAUAAUUACUACCGCGCCGACCUGAUCGAAGCCCUGACCAACUCCUUAACGCCGGCCAUCAGCAUCAAUAACGAGGUGCGCACGGUGGACAGUCUGAACGCCGACGUCAAGCUCAUCCUGGAGGAAGUGACGCGCUUCCUCAACAUGGAGAAACUGCUGCCUAGCUACCGGAACGCCAUCACCGUCAGCUGCCUACGGGCCAUCAGGAUGCUGCAGAAGAACGGACACAUCCCCAGCGACCCGAGCCUGUUUAAAGCCUACGCGGAGUACGGCCAUUUUGUGGACGUGAGAGUUGCUGCGCUCGAGGCUGUGGUCGACUAUACGAGAGUCGACAGGAGCGCCGAGGAGUUUCAGUGGCUGUUGGACAUGGUCCAGAACGAUCCCGUGCACUACGUCAGACACAAGAUUCUCAGCAUGCUGUCGAGGAAUCCCCCCUUCACCAAAGCCGCGGAGUCUCCUCUGUGCACCGAGGCUCUCGUGGACCAACUGUGGAAACUGAUGAACUCUGGUACCUGCCAUGACUGGCGUUUGCGCUGUGACGCUGUAAACCUGUACCACACGCUGUUUGGUCUGACCAGGCCCUCGUGUCUGCCGCUGCCAGAACUCGGCCUCGUCCUCAACCUGAAGGAGAAGAAGGCCGUCCUGAACCCCACCAUCAAAUCAGAUCAGGAAGGUCCUGACCUCACACCCGAGAUAAUCUUCGUCGGCAGUGUUAAGGAGGAGCAUGUCGUCAUGGAGCCGGUUUUGGGCGGCAUAGCCCUCACCCCACAGGGCCUGAAGAGGAAGGCGGAGACUCCUUUGGCUUCGCCCCCCGAACCUGGGCAGGUGCUGCAGGACGAGCCGCCAGGAAAAAUAGUCGCCAAGGGCCGGUUUCCAAUGCAAGAGGACGAGGAUAUCGACAUGGACACGGUUCACGACAGCCGAGCGUUCAUCUACCACCACCUGAACAUCCUGGAUAGGCCGUCAACACCAGGUCGAGAGCCUCCUGUCGUGGAGCAGGUCGUUAUGCCCAUGCCAUCCACGCCUGUCCAGACCUUCGCUAAGGAGGCCGCGUCGUCCUCUUCCUCCUCCAAGCACCACCACCAUCACCACCACCACCACCAUGAGCACAAGAAAAAGAAGAAGAAGCACAAACACAAGCACAAGCACAAACACAAGCAUGAAAGCAAGGACAAGGACAAAGAAAAGGAGCGCGACAUCCACAGCUUCGGUAACAGCCCUGCGAGCGGCCGCUCGCUCUCGCUGUCCGACUGACACACGCUUUCUAACCGAAGGGUCAUUAGAAGAAACGCCGUCACGUCUAGAAUCUCAAAAUGUUGUGGGACCGCUUGUAGGAGUUCCAAAUCACCCCACCUCCCCCCUCCCUCUCACGCAAAGCUCAUCUCAAUGCAAAAAAAAAAAGAAAGUGUCACAAAUGGUCCUAACUGUAUUUGCGUCCCAACCGUAUCAAUCGAAUGCAGUGGUUCUAGAACAUUCGCUAAUUUUAUUGCUUCCCAGUUAAAAGGAGCAGUAUUGCCAGCCAUGUUGUGCAUUAGCUGAGCAUUACGAAUAGCAAUGCUAAUGUUAGCAUUUCCUCAGGUAGACCGGUGAAAUUCUCAUACGUUUAACGACUUCCAUUAGUUUGAAGUAACUAGCGUAGGUAGCACAUGCUAGCACAAACGGAAAGUUCUCCAAAAAGUUCAACAACCCCAUGUUUCGUCGUGAUUCGUUUUCUAAUAACAUGCUCGUUGCCUCGUGGUACGCCGUUUUUUUGUUUGUUUGUUUUUCUUUGUGUCGAACGUUUAAAUAACGACCUGUGUCUUGUGUCUCGAGUCAUUUUAUCGUGAAAACGCACGAACGCGCACCACCGGGAUCGCGCAAUGUUGAACUUUUUCUUUUUAAAGAACUGACUUCGCUAGUAACACGGCUAGUUCACGCUAACUCCUAAACUAUGUCAAAUCCUCCCUCUGUUUUUUUAAUUUUUUUUUAAUUUUUUUACACACACGAUCCGACGGCAUCGAGGUCCGGCAGCCGCCCCACACACGACGUCCCGUGAUGGGCGGAGCUUCAGCCACCGCUUGGGUGGGAUCUGAUGGAGGAAGCGGGUGGGGUUUUAUAACAUAACUUUUAUAAUCUUUUCUGAAAUGAAUAAAUCUGAUCCCUUUUAUAAAA